GGCAGCAGCGCUCUCACCGUGGCCCUGCUGAUAUCCCGGCUUGAGCGCCAUCAGCAGCGGACACGAGCAGGAGGCAGCGCGGGGACAGCAGCUCCACGGCUCCACAGCUCCACGGUCACAGCUCACAGAGGCGAUGGGAGGCAGCGCCGCGGACCACUAGACCCCCUCCACCGGGCCUCUGUUUUGGCGUCACACAAAGCAAUGUGGAGGAAAUAAAGAACCUGAUAGGCUGAAAACCAGAGAUUAUAGAGAAUGGGCUGUGUCCAAUGCAAGGAUAAGGAAGCAACCAAACUUACAGACAACAGAGAUACCAACAUCUCCCAAGGACCCGGCUACCGCUAUGGGGCCGACCCCACACCGCAGCACUACCCCAGUUCCGGGUUCAACGCCAUCCCCAACUAUAACAACUUCCACGCCCCAGUUGGACAGGGGAUGACCGUCUUCGGAGGGGUCAGCACCUCCUCACACACUGGAACCCUGAGGACCCGCGUUGGGACGGGAGUCACCCUCUUUGUGGCACUUUACGACUACGAGGCGCGGACAGAAGAUGACCUCACCUUCAGGAAAGGAGAACGGUUCCAGAUUAUCAACAGCACCGAAGGGGACUGGUGGGACGCUCGCUCUCUCACCUCUGGUGGCAGCGGCUUCAUUCCCAGUAAUUAUGUGGCUCCAGUGGACUCGAUCCAGGCUGAGGACUGGUACUUUGGUAAACUGGGCCGUAAAGAUGCAGAGAGGCAGCUGCUGUCCACAGGCAACCCAAGAGGCACCUAUCUCAUUCGGGAGAGUGAAACCACAAAGGGUGCAUUCUCCUUGUCCAUAAGAGACUGGGACGAUGUAAAAGGUGACCACGUCAAGCACUAUAAGAUUCGUAAGCUCGACAGCGGCGGUUACUACAUCACCACCAGGGCUCAGUUUGACGCGUUGCAGCAACUCGUUCAGCACUACUCAGACCGAGCUGCUGGGCUCUGCUGUCGCUUGGUGGUUCCCUGCCACAAAGGGAUGCCCCGCCUCGCCGACCUGUCCGUCAAAACCAAAGACGUGUGGGAGAUCCCACGGGAGUCACUGCAGCUAAUCAAGCGUCUUGGGAAUGGGCAGUUUGGGGAGGUCUGGAUUGAGAGUUCGGAUGGUUUGUGCUUUAAUUUAACGGGCGUGUGUGUGAACUACAUCCCUGACACUGUGGGCUUGAAUCACGAUUCCUGGGAGAUCGCCAGACACACACUUGAAUUGGAAGUAAAGCUGGGAACAGGAUGUUUUGCUGAAGUGUUUUAUGGAACGUGGAAUGGCACCACUAAGGUGGCGGUGAAGACUCUAAAGCCUGGCACCAUGUCUCCAGAGUCCUUCCUGGAGGAGGCUCAGAUCAUGAAGAAACUCCGCCAUGACAAGCUGGUGCAGCUCUACGCCGUGGUGUCUGAGGAGCCCAUUUACAUUGUCACAGAAUACAUGGGCAAAGGAAGCCUGCUGGAGUUCAUGAAGGACGGAGAAGGACGGGGGUUGAAGCUGCCAAACCUGGUGGACAUGGCGGCACAGGUGGCAGGAGGCAUGGCCUACAUUGAGAGGAUGAACUACAUCCACCGAGACCUGCGCUCCGCCAACAUCCUGGUGGGAGACAAUCUGGUGUGCAAGAUCGCAGACUUUGGCCUGGCCAGGCUCAUUGAAGACAAUGAAUAUACUGCUCGGCAAGGUGCAAAGUUCCCCAUCAAGUGGACCGCUCCGGAGGCUGCGCUGUACGGGAAGUUCACCAUCAAGUCAGACGUGUGGUCGUUUGGCAUCUUGCUCACGGAGCUGGUCACCAAGGGCCGGGUCCCUUACCCAGGGAUGAACAACCGCGAGGUGCUGGAGCAGGUGGAGCGGGGCUACAGAAUGCCGUGCCCUCAGGACUGCCCCAUCUCGAUGCACGAGCUGAUGCUGCAGUGCUGGAAGAAGGAUGCAGAGGAGCGGCACACCUUUGAGUACCUGCAGGCCUUCUUGGAGGACUACUUUACAGCCACUGAGCCUCAGUACCAGCCCGGGGACAACCUCUAGGCCUCCUUCAAACUCUGUCUAUCUGGUGGUGGGUGGGGGGGCGGCUCAGGGCUGGGACCACAUUGACCGAAUCCAUGCUGUUAAAAAAACUCUGGAACCCUCCUGGCUACGCCUGCAUUUUAGGGAUUUGUACAGCUUCCUCAGCUCAACCCAGUAUUUCCGUUUUACACCAAGCCCCAGAAACAACCCUCAGUCUCUGACACCCCCCCUGUUGUCUGAACUCUGCAACUGCGAUAGUAAGGGAAGCUGAGGGAUGAAGGAUGGACAGAAACAAGUGGGGUUGUGAUAAUGCAAUGAAAUACAUGUAUUCACUGUAAAUAAAAGGCUUGUUUUAGUUUAUUUGUUUGCUUCCAUAUAAGAAUUUUAUUUUCUCCUGCACAAAAUAAUAAUUAUAAAAUAAUAAAGGCAAAGGAAGAUGAGCACCUGAACGGGCACAGUUAAUCUGUACGUGUAUUAUACUAUAGUUCAUGUAUUAUUUUCUAGAGAUUGAAUUGAAAGCAUAAAUUUUCAAUUUGUUGCCAUAAUGUAAAAAUCACUCGCCCUCAGUUUAUUGCUUUAUUCUUUACUUUUCAGUUCAUAGUGUUGCUGAGGCUUCUUCGGGCGAGCAUGAUGCAGUACUCCAUCUGCCUUUUUUCUCUUUUCUUGCUCCCUUCCAAAGCUUCCUCAGAGCAGUAGUUGUUAGAAUGUUGCUGUAUGAAACAGGAUACACUGUUUGUCACAUUUUUGUAAAUUAAAGCCAGGCGUGCAAGGAUUUUGAACAUAUCCCUCCUCGCUUACAAUUUUGGGACAAUGUGGGUGGAAUAUUUCUGUCUUUGUACCAUACGUGUUUUUUUGUUGAACUGGAAGAAAGAAAGGUUGACUUAAGUUUUCCUUUACUUGAGCUGUCACUCUGGGGCCUCUCAUCAUUAAUGUUCUUAUUUUGGGACUGUCGUGUUUUUCCUUGUCUUCUGCUCAUUGACCACUUGAGCCUGCAGGGUCCUGACCUGCAGCCAAACCUGGACCAACUCACCUUCUCAGUUAUUUCUGCUUUAAUGUUUUACUGACAAGGUUUUAUUCGAUCAGUAUUUGAGUCUGUUAUAGUUUUUUACAGAUUAUGAUCUUGUUUAACCUUUUAAGUGAUCCUUCAAGAGUCAGUUAUUCUGUUGGUUCAGAGGAGUUUUGGAGCCACAUCAUGCACAAAAACUGAAUAGAAGAGGGAUUUUUAGGUUUAAGUUCAUAAAUAAAACCACUGAUUUGAAAAGAAUUGAACCCAGUCCGGAUCAGGUUCUACAGCAGAUUGUUUCAUUACAAAGGGAAAGCCCUUUUUUUCAGUUGUAUGGCUUAAUGGUUCUGAAGUGUCUCUAACUUCCCUCCUUUCUAUCUUUCAUUUCCAUUUUUUUAUAUAACUUGUUUUGUUAAUUCAGUGAUUUGGCGUUUGAAAUUCAGAAAAGAACAAUAAACAUUUUACACUCUU